CAGUCUCACUGUUGUGCUAUGAUGACUAGUGAGGUGUGAGUGAGUGAAUAAAUAAGCAAAAAAAAAACAGUAGAACCAUUGCAACCAAUCAGUGAGGAAAGAAACUGUUCAGCGGUUUCAGAAUGACGAACAAUCUCAACGGAGACAAGGAAACCGCCUCCGCCGUCGAAGGACAAGUCUCCCGCCGCGACUUCCCUCCGGACUUCAUCUUCGGAGUCGCCACUUCCGCUUAUCAGAUAGAAGGUGCUUGGAAUGAAGGAGGUAGAGGUCCUAGUAUAUGGGAUGCCUUUUCACACACUGAAGGAAAAAUUCUAGACAAAAGCAACGGCGAUGUAGCAGUUGAUCAUUAUCAUCGGUACAAGGAGGAUAUUGAUCUUAUAGCCAAGUUGGGAUUUGAGGCUUAUAGAUUUUCAAUUUCUUGGUCUCGUAUUUUCCCCGAUGGCUUAGGAACCAAAGUCAAUGAUGAAGGGAUAGCUUUUUAUAACAACCUUAUUAAUUCUCUUCUUGAAAGAGGUAUUCAACCAUAUGCAACUCUUUACCAUUGGGAUCUGCCGCUGCAUCUUCAAGAGUCUAUAGGAGGAUGGCUAAAUAAACAAAUCAUAGAAUAUUUUGCAGUCUAUGCAGAUACUUGCUUUGCAAGUUUUGGCGAUAGAGUGAAGAACUGGAUUACUCUUAAUGAGCCCCUUCAAACUGCGAUCCAAGGGUAUGAUACUGCGACUUUUGCUCCUGGAAGAUGUGAAAAUGCAUCAGUUGAGCCAUAUUUAGCAGCACAUCACCAGAUCCUGGCCCAUGCAGCAGCUGUUUCCAUAUAUCGAAGCAAGUACAAGGAUAAGCAAAGGGGGCAAGUGGGCUUGGUAGUAGACUGUGAAUGGGCAGAGGCUAAUUCUGACAAGAUUGAAGACAAAUCUGCUGCGGCAAGGCGCCUGGAUUUUCAGCUUGGCUGGUACUUGGAUCCACUAUAUUAUGGAGAAUAUCCUGCAGUUAUGCGUGAACGACUUGGAGACCAGCUUCCCAAAUUCUCAGAGGAGGAUAAGAAAAUUCUUUUGAAUUCAUUGGACUUUAUUGGUCUAAAUCACUAUACAUCAAGGUUUAUUUCUCAUGUGACAGAAUGCACUGAAGAAUGUUAUUUCUACAAGGCACAGCAGACGGAUAGAAUUGUGGAACGGGAAGGUGGCCAGCUCAUUGGUGAGAAGGCAGCAUCAGAGUGGCUUUAUGUUGUUCCUUGGGGUCUUCGAAAGGUUCUCAAUUACGUAUCACAAAAAUAUGCAACCCCAAUAUAUGUUACUGAGAAUGGUAUGGACGAUGAAGAUGAUGAUAAGUUGGCACUGCAUGAGAUGCUAGAUGACAAACUAAGAGUUCGCUAUUUCAAGGAAUACCUUGCGUCAGUUGCGCAGGCUAUAAAGGAUGGAGCAGAUGUGAGAGGGUACUUUGCAUGGUCAUUACUGGACAACUUUGAAUGGGCUCAAGGCUAUACUAAACGCUUUGGAUUGGUCUAUGUGGAUUACAAAAAUGGGCUUACUAGGCACCCAAAGUCUUCUGCAUACUGGUUUUCCCGGUUUCUGAAAGCUGGUGAGAACAAGAAUGGUAAAGACGAGUAGUUGACUUUGGUCAUUAAGUGUCUUACGAAAUAUUACAAGGAACAAAAUAAUACCAGAACAAGACUUUCCAUCAUUAUCUGAAGUUGGAAGUUUUGUGUAAGCUAUACUCUAUAGUGGCACUUCUCUUCUCUACUUAUUGAUGCUCCCAGUCCUCAAACUCAAUUGCGUUGAUGUUUGUCUUA